AACAGUCGUCGUUUCCUGACAAGAAACAUAACCAAUCUCCGAUGAGUCAAUCGACACGCAACAACGUGCGAAUAAGAAACCGAUCUGACGUGUCGUCCGACUUUCCUUCCUUUCUCCCGGCCGACGAGUCUUUUACGGCGAAUCCUAAUCGACGCGACCGCGUCCGAACUCACGGCUCCUCCGUUCGCCAUCUACGGGACUCUCCGCGAAUCGGCCAGCAGCUCGCGGGCGGUUUUUCUUGAUCAAUGGAAGGGAAUAAUUCGCUCCGCGCGCGCGAUUCACCUCCGUCGCGAGUGAUUCACGCUCGCGCGACCAUUUUUUAGCGCUCGGCCAAUGAAUAAAGAGAGAGAGACAAGUUGCCCCAUCUGUUGUUUCUAGGUCGUCGUGAUGGACGCGUAUCAUGGGCAAAAACAGCAAAAAGGCAAUGGCGGCUACUCGUUGGACGGUCAAUGAGUUCACCGUGAAAAACCUCGGAAAAAUGUGAUCUACACGUUCGCCGACGACGAGCGCAAAUUCGAGGUGUGGCCUGAAGUAGGCUGAGGUAGUGUUGCCUGCAAAGGUAGAGAUGGCACAGGGUAUGUGCAGGCAAUGGCUGAUAGACGGAUGGACCUGUCGUCGAAUCAACUAGACAAUGAAUGGUGGUAGCUGACAGAUCAGGCAGAAAGGUACGACAGGCAGGAAGGAGUAAAUGAGCGAGCGCACCUAAGUAAUGAGCGAGACUCGGCAUCAUAUUCGCUCGGUCUCGGACUUAUACGCAGCCGACGAAAUAGAGGUGCUUCUGGAAGAGAUACGCGAUCUGGAAUCACCACCCGCCAUAUAUUCUAGGCCUGAGGAUAUUCAGGACUUCGAAAUUGCAGGAAGUAGGACAGGGGAGCGAACCAGCUCCCAAUUGGAGCUGGAUUCGCCGGGAGUCCACUCGACAGUCCACUCUUGGGAUUCGCACGCUAAUUAUCAUGGCCACUAUGAUAAUAGCGAUAAGCAAAUCUCUGGAUCCAAUGCUCUGCCUUGGUCCCGGGCGAGCCACAUCGUUAUUUAUUGCGACAUACAGGGGCAUCUUAAAACAGCUACGGGUGUUGUUAGACUCUUAUUACUCGUAUCCUCCGCAGCUUGUUUGGCAACUUUAUGCAGUUCUGGCACUGCCAAGGUCAGCCUUUUUAUGCUGCCUUUAGUAGGACGUUUACGAUUCAUGAUCUUUGUAGCUGUUUUCUGUCUCUUGAUCACUGCAUUACUUCUCUUCCUUGAUAUUUCGCACGUCAUUUACAUCCUUCCUUUAAAUUGGGCUAAGUUGAAUGCUUGGGUAUUCACUGGCAUAGGCUUGUCAUAUGUGUUGAGUAGCGCAUUAGUAGCAUGCGCAAUAUGGGAAUACCACGUCGGAGGCUGGGUACCAAGACGCACACGUUCCCAACUGUCCGCCGCGGCGGCGCUAGGACUCUCAUGUGCCCUAUUAGCAUUUGUACUCUCCUGCAUACACGGUCGUAGCGGAUCGAGCUGUAAGGGUCAGGGUUCUCGUAGUCACACCCCGACGCAACUCUACAAGCCCGUGGACAAUUCUUCCUCCUCCGGGGUCACAUUGAAAGAACGUAGUCCCAAGAGACCCAGCAGCUGGCCUGUGAAGAACCAACAGUCGAAGAAACGCAACAGCGACACGAACACGAGCAACGGCGGUCAUCGUGGCAACAAUCACGACAAGUUCAAACAAGGCGCCAAGAAGGACCAUUGGGCAACGGCCAAGCAACAUAUUUUAAAGGCACAGACGACUAACGGUGAGGACGCCCAACGGGAAGAGCUCGAGAGGCGACGGAGAAGACGGAGAAAGGAGGGAGGCGACGGAAGUAGUUCCGGCGAUGGGAACGCGUUGAGCAGUAGCAAGAUCGAGAUCACCGGCUGCGUCGCCCAAGAGGCCAAGACCAGGCGGGUACCGCGGAAAUUGCCGCUGAAAUCGGUAGAGAAGCCUGACUCGUGGUCCUCCAACGUCCAGCAUACAAAUAGUGGCACUACGCAAAUUAGAAGUAAAACUAUGCAAAUGCCAGUGAACAAUGACGCACAGAAUUGUUAUGGCAUGAACGAAGGUAGAUCAAUUCAAGUGACUCGAAACGGCCUCCACUGGGAGGCGGAACGUACGUCUAGCAACGGCAUAGAGGAGGCUACUGACAUGAACGUGGUUCGUAACGCCAUGUGGUCCGGACAGUGGCACCCACCACCAGAUGAUGUUCAACCUUGCUCUAGCAAAACUAUUGAUCCUUACAGCUUCGCCUGAUCGUCCCCUGUGAGAUACAAAAGAGUAACAAGCACUCGUUAGGAUAAAAAGAAAAGAAUAAACUUGUUCGAGCCGGGCAACUUUUGUGAACAGUUGUGGCUAGUAUAAACGGGAUUUUUUACACAAAGCAAGUACAUUCACGUAUGUGUAUAUAUAUAUUAUAUAUAUGCAUAUAUACAUACUUAUGUUGAAACGUUUCCCCCCUUUUAUUGAACCAACCGUAGAGUUCAAGUGUUACUUGUUACAUAAUUGAAAAAAAAAAAGGAUCGUAUCUCUCUAUAUAUUGUUUGCAUACGAACUUGUCUGACUUCUCGACACGAUAUUUUGUAUUAAAAUAAUGCACAGUGACUGAAAAGAAGAGGGUGUGAGAGAGAGAGAGAGAGAGAGAGAGAGAAAGAGAGAGAGAGAGAGAGGACCGUAUUUUGGUUUUUACACACAUUCCAUCUGUGUUUCCAGUUGUGCAUGAAACCGGAUGUGAUUUGAAAUGUGAAAUAUAAGACAUGUAAAUUAUACACUUACACACGCAACAGUUAAAAACAAAUAGAGAGAGAGAGAGAGAGAGAGAGAGAGAGAGAAGAAGAGAGAGAGAGAGAGAGAGAGAGAGAGAGAAAUCAUAGCCCAGACUUACUACACUACUGGGUUUAUCAAGUUUGUCGAAUUUGCAGGACGAGCUCAUCGUGUCUAAAAAAAGAUUUAAGAUCCUGUAUAAAAAGUUAUUGCUGCCUUGUACAUUUUGCUGCCAAGAGGAUACAUAGAUUUUCUUUAGUUGACUCGGGUCGUGACGUUUUGCAUCACACAAAACCAGACUGCCCAGAACUUUGAUAAGCAAAUAACGCCACUCUUCAUUCCAAUCAUGUACCAAAUAAUAAAUCUAAGUAAGUUUUAAUGGGAUUUUGUAAGUAUAAGACCACUAUAUAGCACGUAACACCGAUAUACAUAUAUACAUAUACAUAUAUAUAUAUAUAUUUAACUAAUCAUUUUUAUUGUAUUUUGAUGCCAACAUAUUUUGAGCUCCAUGCAUACUUGAGGAAGUGUUUAGGUACGUGUAGGGAUCGCGUGUAAUUGUUUAAGGUAUACCAGAAAGUGUAUAUAUUACUGAAUCCUCGAGCGGGGUUAUAUACAUACAUAGUGAGAAACGCAGCUAGACCGAUCUUUCUACUGAUCCUAUAUACAAAGUACGGCAGUUACGAUUCGAAACUGCAAUUUGACCGUUUAUUCCUUUCAACUUGCGUAUUAAUUGUGGACUUUUAAGACACAUAAGCACGAGAAAUUACCUUCCUCUUUUGAUUGAUCAGUAUGAUUUCACGAAGUCAAAUUGUAUUUACCUGAUUAAACGUGUGAAAUUAUGUUGUCGUUGAUUAAAAACGAACGAUCGAAAAGCGUUUGAAUCACAUUAUCAAGGGAGGGUAGAUGAUUGAUUACCUACUGUGAAGUCCUGAUUUUCGCGUUGAAUUCUCGUUAAAGUUGAGCUAUGAUCGGAUAGCUUGUUAAUAACCAGCAUAGUACUUAAAAUCGUAAUAACAUUUUACUUUGCAAUGACAAUACCUUUAUACGUAUACUUCACGCAAUGGCCUUAUAGAACUUUAAAUUCUUAACGAAAGCACAUAUUGAGAGAAAGCCGAAGCUCAUUCUUUGAACAGACGAUAAUUUCACGUAGACUCUUCGCGAUGAUGAUUUUACGAUAAGAUUCUAUUAAUCGACUUUGACAUUCUUUGCACCGGAAGAUCGGUUUGGCAUCAGUUAUCCUUCUGUAUGAGCGGAAUAGUAUGCGUGGAACGAUUAUUCUCAUUGUAUUACUCUAAUUGGCUCGUAAACUUUGAAGUGUGCUCAUUGUAUUGCAGCAGUAUCGGUCUUGUACGAGGACGGACUUGCGAGUUUUAUUCACAGUAAAUGGCGAUUCGUGUUGUUAUAAAAUUUCCAGAUAAGGUAACGCACUAAUUUUAACUGCACGUCAACUGUAUCAGCGCAUGUUUGAUCGAUAUUUUAUUAUACUUUAAACGAUAUGAUAAGAGAGAGAAAUGCGGAAGAAGCGACCGAAACCCUCCUGCUUUGCUCGAACUCCAAAGCGGAAUACAAGUCCGUCCCUGUACAUACGCACUGUUUCCAGGCGUUUCGUGUAACUUUAAAGUAAUUAGACGAGAUCAGUAUUAUUUAUCGCGUUGCGUUGAAUUCUUUACUUUAACGAGAAAAUCUCUAGUCGACUCUAGUCAAGCACUUUUUUUGUACAACUAUAUCUCCUUAACAAUCCAUCAAAUUGAAGAGCAAGGUAUUUUUUAGUACAUACAUAUCGUGUUAGAAGUACAAUUCAUCCUAGAGCGGAAAAAAAGACAACAGCGGUUGAGUGCUUGCGUUUCUUGAUUGAGUCUCCUUUUUAACGCGUAACAGCAUCGUAAUCGUCCUCGAAAUAUGAACGUCUCCGAUACCUCGUUUCUUCUCCGUUCAACGUGUCAUGACAGUUAUAUUGAUCAAUCAAGCACAAAAGUGCAUCGGUUGAUCUUGUUGAGCAAUUAAUCUUGAUUAGGACGAUUAACAAGAGCUAUUUUGUCUUUUGAUACGAUGUCGCGAUUAUGAAACAAACUUAGCGGACACAUCACAUACAUACACACAUAAACACACACACACAACUUAUCGGACUUCGAUGCGUCGACUUUAAAUCAAUUAAUAAUAUAAGAGAAAUGCGUGUUCAUAUAGGUUCAUAAAGAGAAAAAUAGCAUGUAAUAACAGCAGCUUCGUUGUGGCAAAUAUCGAUGGUGUCACGACUCUGUUCUGUUGGGCACAAUGAAGGCGUAACGUGUAAUUUUUCUGUAUAACAGUAAUUGCUGAUAUGUGCUGGGAAGAAAAAAAAACGUUUGAAAGUGUGAAUAUAUCUCAAAGUAAAAGUAAUGUCACUUUAGAGUAACUUAAUCCAAUAAAAAGCGUUACUUGGUGGUAAAAGCGACUUAUAGCUUUGAGUUCGAGAGGGAAAAAAAACUAACAAAAUGUACAGACACUGCCAGAAGAAAUAUAACGCUCUUUCAAUGUAGUGUAUAUCGAUCGAAUCCGUUCACUCAUGAUGAUUUCGCAUCCAAGGCUUCGUCAUUCCACGAUCUGCCAUAAAGUUCCAUCGUAAUUUUCGAAUGCAAAUUCGAAUGGCAACCUGUGCAACGUCUCUCUAUGUGAGACAGAUCAGAAUGAAAGCUUUUUUUUUUUUUUUUUUUAUGAGUCGCAUAUAUCCGUCACUCAAUCUUCGUUACUUUAAAACAAUUUUAAUUUUCACUCGUACAUGCGGUAACUGAUAAAUUUCAACCGAGUCCACAAGUGCUACUGGCGACAAACGACUUGGAUUUUCGUGAUCAAGAUUCUAUGAGAAGUCUCUAAUUACCAUCUUUCACACUUUUCAUUUAUUCUUUCAAGUUCUUCCGUGGGAAUAGAGUACAACUCGAAUAAUGCUUAAAAUUUUUACUCAAUUUUUUUAUACUUUCGUGCGAUUCUUACGCAAUAGAAUCUUUUUAUCUCGCAUCGUUACGCGUCGCUUCUGUAAAAAAUUGAUACGAUCUCUCAAGGUUCUCCACGAACGCGCGAUUGAAAAGGAAUGAUUCGAGAAGGGAUUUGUCGUCGGACAGCACCAUGGACGAAAUAUAAAGUUAUCACACCACACUACGAUGAAAAAGAAAAUCAAAUCGUCUCUCAUUUAACUUCACUAAUUAUCGCAAUAAUUAUUUGCUUCAACGAAGUUAAUAAUAAAAAAAAUAGCGGUAUGUUUGUGAUACGUGAAGCACUGUUUCCUUAGAGUUUGUAUAAAUAAGUUAUCAUUCAGGCAAUAAAUUUCAAUUACAAUUAAUAGGCGCAGAUUUCUUUACAUGCUAAGCUCGAUCGAUAGUGUCCUAUAGUGAUAGCACGACAAUCCAAGUCUGUACACGACCCGAUAUUUCCCAAGAUCCAAGCGAAUCGAGAGGAAUCGACGGAAAGAAAGAUCGUCGUGUCCGACGAAGAUUCCGAACCAUGUCGCUCGCGAUCUCAAAGAUUAGCGAUUUCGCAUUAGAACCGCCAACAAUAAUUAAUGGCGAAGUGACAAGUUGUUGAACAACCACGGCUUAGGCAAGAACAAAAAUAUUUAUUUCUUGUAAUUUUAUUCGACGUCCACUAAAAAAUAUAAAUUUAAAUAAUUUUUGUAAAAAAUUUCAGAGUCAUAUUUGAUCGCUUGACAAUUCCAGUACUGACGUAUUCGCCAAGCACGACGAUAUCCGACGACUCCUCUCGAUUGCAAACAGUACGACUCAAGUGGCCUAAUGUUUAAUUCAAUAAACACGUGUCAUCUUCGAUGAGAGCUCUUGGCUCAUUUGGGCAUUCCGGAUGUGUUUUCAUAUUUAUGUAAGUGUACACGUGAUUUUACCAAUAACGUCAUUGUAUUUGUAUAUCGAUUCGAUUACAUGCGAGUGACAACAAUGUGUGUGAUGCUGCCAAUAAUAAUGCUAGUCAACGUGAAACUAUAGCGAUGUGUUAAUAACUGUAAGGGAUCGUUAGACGCGAGACGCGCAAGUGUCUGAGAAAGUCUAAUGGAGACUGCGGAUAUGAAUGAGUACAGCUGGACAGAUUACCAAGUAUGACGCGGGGAUUAUGCCGGAAAAAGAAAGAAAAAGAGAGAAAGAGAGAAAGAAGCAGAUAGCGGAGCAUCUUGGUGAUUUGUCGCGCUGACACAGCGAAUGAUCCGGACAAUAAAAAUGACGGAUGAGUCACACGUAAUACCUAAGUUUACCGCGUAUCCUUUAAAACGUUAUUUUGUACAUCUAGGAAUAAAAACGAACGAAUAUUAUAUGCACUGUCGAUUGUAUGCGGAAUUGCAGGUGUGUCUGUGUACGUGUGUGCGUGUUAAUCACUUAACAAGAUAUAUCACUAAACAAAAAAUACUUAGAGAGCGGCGUUAGAGAGCGAGUGUAAUGUUACUCGAAGCGGGAAUCUGUAGUGAGAAUCGCUAGAGCGUGAUUCGACUGGCUGAGAAGCAUAACAGCGUGUUAUAUUCUGCGUAUAUGCGCCGUCUGAGGGACAUUGUCACGCAAUCAUCCGAAAAAAAAAAAUACAAACGAAAUGAUGAAAACCGCAGCGCGACUCCAUUGAUGAACAUUCGCAGGAGAGCGUGGUCGUAGCUUGACGACGACGAAUGACGUACGAAUUCAAUUUAAAUGCACGCACGGUAAUCUCUCGAUACUCCGGAUCAACAUGUGUAAUUUAAUAACGGUUAUUACCGGAGAUAACAAUUAUUCUCGGCGCGAAGGUCGUUCGUAACGCUCACGCUAACGAUACCGGUGAAUACCUACCAUUUAUCUCGACGUUCUAUGAUAAAUCGAUAAUUACGUGUGAUAUUUUUUCAUAUCUUUAUCGUUCCACGUCAAUUGGCGCUUUAUCGUGAUAUUUGCGGGUACGUCACGGUCGAGGAUUAAAAUCACAAUGUGGUUGCGUAGUAAUCCUUUUCCUUUUGUUUUGAGCCCGAAAUUGUAACACGUAAAUUUCGGUAAAGGGCGUUUUUACGCCGAACGUCGCAAUCUCCCAGUUUUAUGCGCUAUUGCGACUUCUGGCAGCGCAGAGAACGCAUUAUGCCGGAGAGUACGUUAUGGUUUUGGGUUUAGAAAGAGGUACAAUAAAACUCACGCGCGCAUAUGGCUUCAUGGACGCGCGGCGCGGGGCGCUCAACGGGAGGGGGGGGGGUAAUUUCCCCGUGGGAAUUCGAGGGAGACGCGAUGAAUCAAUUAAUUGUUAACGCCCCCGCGUUCGACUCCCUUCAACUUGCCGACUAUGUCUUCCAAGCUCUUGCGACGCACGCACUGCUCCGUCUGACCGCUUCCGUCCGGCGCGAAGGGACGAUAAGAGUACAUGGGCCCGACGUAGCGACGGAUCCAACCGCUUGGGAGGGAAUUGCGGCGGAGAAGUCGGCGGGAAAAGGAGCGCGCGUCACAUUACCGCGAGUUUACGUGGUGGGUGACGACUUACCCUUGGUCGUGGGUCGCGUACACGGCGGGCGACGAAGUCUGCGGAAAGACACGCGUACGUCGGAUCUCGCCCAACUGUACUGCUGGUUACCACCGCGCUGCUGCUGUUGCUGCGCGCUCGUUAAUCCGGACAGCGCCGCUGAGCACGUCGGCGAAAAUUGCGGCCUUAUCGCCGCGAACUGACGCUGUUGCUGGAACAGGUGUUGUUGCUGGCACAUGUAAUUCGCGUAAUAUGGAUCGUCGUAGGCUGUUAAACGAUCCAACGACAAGGAAGAAGAGGAGGCAGUGGAGAAGGACGCUAGAGAAUUCGUCACCGCGACUGCAACGAAAUAGAAAAAUAAAAAAUGACCGAUGUUUUCGACGAUUUCACUCGUCUCGCACGACGAUCGUGUCGCGCGAUAAGCUAUAUCUAAAGGAUAUCUGUGGGUAUACGUAGAAAUGUUUCCGGUCCGUCGACGUCGAGCACACUGCGUCCGAGGAGUACGCCCGUGGGUAGGACCUGGUGCGUGGAAAGGUCGGCGAUUCUGCGCGCGAGAACAUUUGACUCCUUGCAAUUCAUCCCUCGGGAGAAACGAGAAUGCGAGUGCGAAUAAAUGAGCCGGACGCGCACCGUCGCCAGGAGGUCGUCCGCCUGCGGAAUUCGGAACGGGUUUUAAUCGCUCGGCGAAUCGAAGACUGAAAGGAGAAAAAAAUCUGUUCGACGAUUAUUCCGCA